UCGUGUCACAUGAGCAGCCUGGAUUACUGUAAGACACAGAGGAAAGCUCAGUCUCAGUGUUGAUCUGCUUCAGCAUGAGGACCCUUCCUGUCAGCUUUCUCCUGCUGCUGUCUGUCUGGAGCGUGUGUGUAUGGGCUGACAGCGGGAGGAUACGACAGAAGCGUGCAUGGAUCAUUGAUUCGUUUACUAUUGAGGAAGAAUACACUAGUCCGUUUCCAUAUAAAAUAGGCAAGGUUGAACUCGAAAGGUCUUAUUUAGUAAAUUACAUACUACAUGGUCAGGGUGUGGAUGAAGAUCCAAAAAAUAUUCUCAGCAUUGAUAAAUCAGGUUAUAUAUUAGUACACGGAAAGGUGGACUAUGAAAGCGACCCUAAAAUUCUCCAUUCGACAUUUGAAGCAAGAAAUCAAUCCAAUAAUGAAGUGGAUACAAGACUUGGGCUUGAGAUCAAAAUAUUGGACGUAAAUGACCACGCACCAAAAUUUCAAAUGUCAGUCUAUGAAGUGACUGUGGACGAGUCACAUGAUCAAGGCAAAGAAGUACUGACCGUACUGGCUUCUGAUGAAGAUGAUUCAAGUACAAACAAUGGAACAUUCGUUUUCACAAUCAAGUCUGUCACACCAAAGACAGAUAAUGUUGAAUUUUAUAUUCAGCAGCAAAAAGUAUCUGGCACAAUUUAUUUUAAGGGGUGUUUAGACUAUGAGAAAGCUCAGAAAUACACAAUCCUUGUUGAAGCAAAGGACAAAGGGGAAAAGAUACAGCUCUCAAGUACAAGUACACUGAUAAUCAAUAUUUCGGACAAUAACAACAAUCUUCCAGAGUUCUCUGGCAAAACGGGACCAGGGAAGGUCAAGGAGAGAGAAACUGGGGUUGAAGUUCUGCGACUGCAAGUAACAGACAAAGACAUCCGUGGUUCAAAAGCUUGGAAAGCCAAAUACACAAUCCACGAAGAUAAAAAAGAAAUAUUCAAAAUAGAAACAGACCCUGUUACGAAUGAAGGGAUUUUAACAGUCAUUAAGCAAACGGACUACGAGGAGCAAACAAAUCACAAUCUGUCCAUCAGUGUGCAGAAUGAAAUUCCUUACUUUUCCUGUAAGAUUAAAAAGAAAGUACCAAAUGCCAUGUGGGUGCUCGACAAAAUACCCCAAGACUCUGGCAUGAGUGCUGCAAACCUCUAUUACAGCAUUCCAGUGACCAUUUAUGUAGAAGAUGUCAAUGACCCUCCAGUGUUUAUUCCCCCUGUUAAACACGUUGUGGUAAUGGAGAACAUAGAUGUAGGAACAAGUCUUACAACCUUCACCGCUAAAGACAUGGAUGGAAGCCACGUAAACACAUUUAAAUUUGUUAAAGGUGAAGAUAUUGAUAAAUGGAUAACUAUUGAUGCAAAGACUGGACAAGUAUCCACAAUUAAAAUUCUGGAUAGAGAGUCACCAUUUGUGAUAAACGGCACCUAUAUAGCAACCCUGUAUGCUGUGGAUGAAGGUGUUCCUCCGCUGACAGGCACUGGAACUCUAGUCAUUCACCUGAAUGAUCAAAAUGAUAACGUACCAAUACUGGAGAGGAAUGCAGUCAGCAUUUGCAUAGAUAAAGAGCCCACACUGGUCAACAUCACAGCCGUAGACCUGGACUUUCCUCCAUACGAAUCACCUUUCUACUAUGAGCUUUUAGGAGAUGUUAAGGACAAAUGGAGGGUUGAACCAGCUCAUGGCACGACGGUGAGUCUUGUAAAAGAAAAACGUGUGUAUUCAGGUCAUCACCUCCUGCAGAUCAAAAUAUCAGACCAGCAGGGAUUUCACUCCAUCCAGAACCUGACGGUCACGGUGUGCGACUGCUCUAUCACUCCCAACUGCCAUGUCAGGAUGCUCUCGCAGGCUCGGAUGGGGCCUGUUGCCGCCUGGAUGGUUGUUCUUGCAAUUCUGAUUCUUACAGCAAUGUGCUUAAUAAGUCUACUGAUGUCCUGCAAGGCUAAGAAAAAAAUGAUUAUGAUGGAUGAUGGCCUCGGUCAUCUCAUCACAACAAAUACGGAAAAUCCAGGAACAGACUGCAUGGUAUCUUCCAGUAUAGGUAUUCACAAAACUGAUUCUUCCAACGUAAACGGUAUAAAUGCGACUAAAAAUGUAAACUCAAGCCAGAAGGUCACAACACAAACUGUGAUGCAUAAAGGACAGCAGGCCGUUUCACGGACUCCAUCGUCAGUCAACAACGACCAGGCGUUCAAACGCUCGAUGUACAGGAAUUCCACAAGUCGUACAUACAGAGGAAAUUUUCAGCAAUCGAGUGUCAGAUCAAGUUGUAGAAGCAAUUAUUCCUACAACAUCAAUGCAUCUUACUUGGGUGAAAACCUUGCCGUUCUCAUCAACCAGAAACUACUUGCUCUCCAAACCCGUGAUGAGGAAUGUGGUAUUUACAAACCACACUGUUACACGCAUGAAGGACAACCUGCAGCCAGUGAUGAACUGGAUGAAAUAUCCAUUCCUGAGGAUGACUUUCAUCCAGAGAUGCUUAAAAAUCUGGACAGCAGGUUCAGUCAGCUAGCAACAAUCUCCAGACCUGACCUGAUGAGAUUGUGACAAUUAUCUCAGGCAGUGUAGCCUAAAUAUAAAUAUUUAGGACAAAAUGCAAAAAAGGUCUUCAAAAUCUUUACUACAGUUCUACAGUAUCAAUGAUGAUAACUAUAACUCAAUUUGCAUUUCCUGAAUGCAAAAAUACAGUGCUUGCAAAGGAAUAGUAUUAAUAGUUUUAGGUGUUCUGUUUAUUUUCAUUCUGUAUUUUUUACACUGUUUUCAUGUGGAAUAAUUUGCAGACAUUUAAUCCC